AUAAUAAUAAUAAAACAUCUCAACGCUUUCUUCUUAUACGACUCAACUGAACUGCACGUCUGACUUUGGCUUAAACGCGGUCUAAAUGCGCCGGUGAUUCUGCAGGGACACAGAUCGCAUCCCAUUUACCUCCUUAUUGUCUCAUAGUUGGUGGAAAACGGCGUGAAAAUGAGUGAACAGAGCAUUUGCCAGGCCCGGGCCUCUGUGAUGAUCUACGACGACACCAGUAAGAAGUGGGUGCCCAUCAAGCCAGGCCAGCAGGGCUUCAGCCGCAUCAACAUCUACCACAACACUGCUAACAACACCUUCCGUGUGGUGGGAGUCAAACUGCAGGACCAACAGGUUGUGAUAAACUACUCUAUAGUGAAGGGUUUGAAAUAUAAUCAGGCCACUCCGACGUUCCACCAGUGGCGUGAUGCCAGACAAGUCUACGGACUCAACUUUGCCAGCAAGGAGGAAGCCACCACUUUCUCCACUGCCAUGCUUUUUGCCCUCAAUGUGCUCAGUUCACAAGAUGCAGCAGGUCCAGCUGGUCAACGGCAGAAUGGACCAACAACGGAUGACACAGAAGCACAGAGGAGGCAGAUGAUGGAACAGCAUCAGAUGCAAAUUGAAAGGGAGCGACGGACAUCUGGCUCGGCAGCAGGUCCUCCCAUCCCUCCAGGACAUCCCUCCAUGCUCUCCUCCACUCCCCCCCUCCAUCCCCCUGCUCCUGCUCCCAUGGCAGGUCCUCCAGCUCCUCCAGCUCCUCCACCUCCACCUGGACCUCCUCCGCCAGCUGCUGCACCUCCUCCUAACCCCCCUCCUCUCCCAGCUCCAUCAGGCUUGGCUGCAGCUCUGGCUGGUGCCAAACUGCGUAAAGUACAGCGACCUGAGGAGAGCUCUGCAGGGCUGGGCAGUGCCAAGAAUGAUGCCAGCCGCUCCAGUGGAGGCAGUGGAGGAGGGGGAGAGGGCCUCAUGCAAGAAAUGAAUGCCCUCCUAGCACGAAGGAGGAAAGCUUCUGAAAAACCUGAAGACAGUCAAAAUGAAGAGUCCAACGGCUCACCAGCUUCACGUGGUUCAGAUGCUCUGAAGAAGCCAUGGGAGCGAGCAAAUUCUUCAGACAAAUCCUCUGCUGGAUCAAGGUUGAGAGCUGUUGGCAGCACCACUGACGGAGAAUCAGGAGACUUCGACCGAAUGAAACAGGAGAUCUUGGAGGAAGUUGUGCGUGAACUGCAUAAAGUCAAAGAUGAGAUAAUAGAUGCCAUUAGAAGAGAACUCACUAGGAUGGGUACAACAUAGUGUUUAGAACCAUUAACACCACCAGAAGGCUCUUGGGGAAAGUACGGAAAGGAUCCUGUGACGAGUUGGAGGAAUUGUCUUGCAACAUAGCUGCAACGGCAUGGAAAAGGUUGGUGUUGCAGGAAUGUUGCAUCAACAAGGAGCCUUACAGAAAGGAGCAAGAGAAAUAAGCGAAAUGAAAGUGAGUGAGAGUGAGUGUGUGUAUGCAUGUGCGAAUGGAUGAAUGGAUGGACCUUCACACUGAAUUUUCUAUUUACUUCUGUAUAAACAUUUAAAGACUAAGCCCACUGUGCAGUUUGCUGCUCCCAGUCUUUCAAGUCUUAAAGAGAAAAUUGACUAGGUGGACCUUGAUGAAGAUUUGUGUUUUAUACCGUUUUGUUUAAUUACUGUUAUUGUAAAAGUAAUUUUAUCAUCAGUGGUAUCAGCCAGAGACAUAGAAACACAAAAGUUGCUCACUUUUGUCCACGUUUUAUAUUUUAUCUUCAUACUUUGGUUUUUGAUAAGCACAUUCAGCACACUUUUGCGCUGCUCUGUCACCAUCCUACGUUACAGUUUUUUUUUUUUUUUUUGCCAAUACAAAAUGUUCACUGGAUUUUUUUAGCUUCAAUUUGAAUUGGUAGUGUGAAGUUAUUGAUGAUGGUCUUAUGAGAGAUGUACCUGUAGCUAUAGCCCUGUGAGACACCAGUUUGUGGACUCUCCUCAUUUGGUUUGAAAGAGAAUUGGUUCCUAAUAUUGGGUCCUAAAUUAUUAAAAUGAUUAGCCUAGCCUACUGGGUUAAUCCUCUUAAAAAGUCAACAUUAAAUGACCUUUGAAUAAAAACACUGAAUCUACAA